UUCAUUUUUGUAUUUGGUCUGUUCGAGAGACAGGGAAGGAGAAAGGAGAUUCGUGUUACGAUGUUGAAAUACGUUGGUGUUUGGAUGAUGACAGUGUGUGUAAUACGACUUAAUGGAAAGUCUUCAAAUCUUGCUUUUCAAAAACCUGCCACCAUGAGUACAGUGUUCGACGCUAAAUCCAGCCCAUCAUUUGCCGUGGAUGGUAACAACGGCACCAACUGGUACUCUGACUUCUGUACAACAUCGACACAUGACGACAUGGAACCCUGGUGGAUGGUGGACCUGCAUGGCUACUUCCACAUCCAUGACGUCAUCAUCACGAACAGGGGAGACGCAUAUUGGCAGCGUUUACACAGCUUCACCAUUGACGUGUUUAUGGAGAACCCAAUAGGCUGUGCACGCGCCAUACCAGUCCAGUGUUACAACCGCACCGACUCACUGGGGCGUGGUGAGACUGUACAGUUUAAAUGUCGCUCGCCCGUGAAUGGUCGAUUCGUCCGUAUUAAGAAGUGGAGAAUGAUGGACAAUACUGACACACUGAUACUUUGUGAAGUUCAAGUUUUUACCACAAGGGCGACAGGCUGUACUCCCCUUCCACCUUUCUAUCGAACACAAGGGACGCGAUUCGACUCGGCAAAUGUCGUCAUAUCCGAUGUUUCUGACGUCAUGAAUUGCGCGAGCAGAUGUGGCCACCGCGAUUGUUUGGCGUUCAACUACAGCCAGAACAGCCAACAGUGUCAGCUCAUUUCAGCUCCAACGUUUAAGGAUUCAACAACGAUGAUUUCAUCGUGGGAUUACUAUGGAGUGGAUUUUUGUUGAUCUGUUUACCAUUAGCACUAUAGAAAACACUUUGUAACUUAUUUUGUUUAUAUUUUCUCCACACUGCACUCGGUGCAGUUUAUGAGAAUAUAAUUAUUGUCUUGUCUUGUUUAACAACUGAAGUCUUUCUUUUGUCUUUCCUUGUUAAACUGUCCGGAGUCUGCAUCCAUUGUAGGAUGUUUCGAACCAACAGAAUAAUUUUAAAGAUUAAAAUUACAUAUUAAAUACAUGAUAUUGUUUAGAAUAUUAGUGUCGGUAUAUCUAUAGUCCGUCCAACAGGGAACGCCUUUGUUCAUACUAUGCAAUUUACUACAAAUUAUUUAUUGAUUAGCCGAUUGAUUUGUAAAUUGCACACACAAAAAGUUGGGUUUUUUUGUUUUGUUUUGUUGUUGUUUUUUGUGUUAUUUCCCCAACACGUUUACUUUUCGUGUUACGUCAAACAAAACUGCAAUUAAUAGCAAACAAACAUGUUUUAUAGAAUGAUGGGUCAGAGUAAUAAUCUCUUUAUGAUAUAAGCUCAAGCUUAAUGCUUCGCGGGAUUGUU